GAGAGAGAGAGAGAGAGAGAGAGAGAGAGACGGAAAAGAAAGCACGCACCUUCGGGUGCGCGGGUUUAAAUCGGGAUCCUGGUCCAGGUGGGGAAAAAAAAUGCGACGCGUCGGGCAAGCAACGAUUCACGUUGUCGCGCGCGCGAUUAAUCUCCAUCCUUAGAAUGUCGCGUGUACAAUGCGCCGGUACUACGUAGACGUGAAGGACGAGAUUAUCAGCGGACACCAUGAGGAGGAAGAACGACAGGUAGUACGUAUGCGGAGCGCGCAUUUUUAUGCCGACGAGUCAUAGAGGAUUUUGGCUUAGGCAGGUGGGCGUGUCGCGGGACAAGAAGAGAUGAUCAUAAGGAGAUCGAUGGUCCUAGCCCUGCUCCUGGGACUCCUGUCGGUGGAGCAAAAUGGCGGCCAGGUCGCCGAUGGCGACCUGGAGCAACUCACGGCAUUCGAGGGUUACACGCAGACGCGCAGACCGUCCGAAGCAAGCAAGCUGCUACGAAAUGUCAAGUCUUUGGAUGCCGCGAUGGAUGCUAUGCAGAGCCGAGCGGUCGACACGAGGGUGCAAAUGGAGGUCAAAGAGGGUGUACCCAAAGGAACCAUUAUCGGUCAAAUACCUACCAAACCCACCUUCACGUACAGAUUCAAUGAGCCACCGCAGGAGUUCGUGCUCAAUUCGGUUACCGGCUACAUAAGUACAGCUCGGGUGAUCGAUCGAGAGGCACUCAGCAGCGAUCGCUUCGACCUGGUCGUGCUCUCGAGCCAGCCUACUUACCCGAUCGAGGUGCGGAUCUCGGUGUUGGACAUCAACGACAACAAUCCGGAAUUUCCCGAGCCUAGCAUCGCGGUGAGCUUCUCGGAGUCCGCCGUAGCGGGCACUAAGCUGCUGUUAGACGCUGCAAUGGACAAGGAUACGCCGGAGAAUGGCGUCUUGGACGACUAUUAUAUCGUGGAUGGCAAUACGGACGGGAAGUUUCGUCUUCAGGUCACUGACAAUCCCACCGGCGAGACCUCGUACCUCCAUCUGGAGACCACGGGCAAACUGGACCGCGAGCAGGUGGAGUACUACUCGCUGAACAUCUGCGCUCGCGAUCGCGGCCAACCACCGCGACUUGGCUACCUGCUGGUGAACGUGACGGUGUUGGACGUGAACGACAAUCCUCCAGUUUUCCAGCAGAGCGAUUACGUCGUAUCGUUGAACGAGAGUGCACCGAUUGGCACGAAGGUACUCGCAGUACACGCCACCGAUAAAGACUCGGAGGACAACUCGAAGUUGACGUAUUACCUGCCGGACAACGAGCGAAAGUUCACCAUAGACCCGGAAACAGGCACGAUCACCACCGCCGAACCGCUCAAGUGUCCCGAGCAGGUGUGCACCGUGUCUCGCCCGGGUGGUGGCUGCCCCAAGAGUUGCGUCAUAACGGUCUUCGCUCGCGAUCACGGCUCACCUAGACAAGACGGUCGUACAUACGUAACGGUGAACCUGCUGGACGCGAACGAUCAUGCACCUGAGAUCAAGUUCACCUUCUUCCCGACGAAUGCGGGUCUUCCUUACGCCACCGUCGACGAGAAUGCCGCUAACGACUCGAUCGUGGCGGCGGUCGCGGUUGUGGAUGUCGACGAGGGCUUGAACGGCGAGACCACUGUGGAGAUACGCGCUGGUAACGAGCUCGGUCACUUCCGGCUGGAGAACGCGGUUCCCUUCGACAUCGUACAUGCCGACGGUCGGCUGGACCGCGAAGAGAUCCCCAAGUAUAACCUGACGAUAGUCGCCACCGACAAAGGUACACCGUCUAGAUCCACCACGGCGUAUCUCGUGAUCCACGUGAACGACGUCAACGACCACGAACCGGUGUUCCAGCGGAGCGAGUAUUCGGCGGUGCUGUCGGAGCUGUCGCCGAUCGGCAGCUUUGUCGCCAGCAUCUCGGCCACGGACGCUGAUUCCGGAGUGAACGCGAAGAUCCACUACGAGUUCGCCAAGGGCAACGAGCAACAUUGGUUCGCCAUCGACGGCAACACCGGCCUGGUCACCACCGUGGCUACCUUGGACCGCGAGGUCAAAGGCAGUAUCGAGCUGCACGUGUCAGCUUGGGACGGCGGGCCUAAUCCCAAGUACGCGCACACGCAUCUGAAGGUCACUAUCCUCGACGAGAACGACGAAGCGCCGAGCUUCUCCCAGAGCAUGAUCAAUGUCACUCUGCCGGAAAACACACCUCCGAACAGCCUAGUGGCCACUGUUACGGCCGUGGACAACGAUCAGGGUACCAACGGUAGCAUCGCGUACAGUUUCCACCCUAGCGUCGCACGCGAUUAUCCCAACACCUUCGCGUUGGACGUCCUCACCGGUCAGCUAACGACCAAGACCGACCUCGACCGAGAGACCAUAGCGGAGUAUCGGAUCUUGGUGAUAGCCAGAGAUCAAGGCAUACCCGUGCAAUCGUCGACCGCCACUGUGGUGUUGACAGUGGACGACGUGAACGACAACUCGCCUAUCUUUUACCCCUGGCGAUACCUGAUGCCCAUCCCUCCAGAUGCUGCCCCGGGUACUGUACUGGGCAAGGUGACGGCAAACGACGCUGACGCCAGGAAGAAUGCGCAAGUGAAGUACUUCUUGCAGUACGGCGGUGAGGGUCUCUUCGCGGUCGACGAGAGAACAGGCGAGAUUAUUCUUCAGAGUUCUUUCAGGCUCGUGCACAAGAUCUUGUACGAAUUAAACGUCUCAGCGAAGGAUAUCGGCGAUCGAACGGCGCUAAAAGGCGCCAUCGUGGAGAUCAUUCGCAAGGAUGACCUGGAGCUCGUUGAGUUCGAAAACUACAACGGCUACGAGUUCAAAGUUUCCGAAGAUAGAGGCGACUGCACCUCCAUGCCCACCGGAUUCGGCAGGGAGAUCGGCAGGGUGCACACUUUACAAUAUAGCAGCGCUAAGGUGAACUACGCGAUCGUGUACGGCGACCCCAAGGGCAACUUCAAGAUCGACCACAACACCGGCGCCAUCAGCACCGCCGGCUGCUUGGAUCGCGAGCAAGAGGCUUUCUAUAGGCUGCAUUUGUCAGCGCGCUCCAAUCUCGCGUACGGUCAGACGGUCGUAAACAUCACCGUUGAAGACGUCAACGACAAUCCGCCGAGGUUUGCCAAAGGCGAGCAAGAAGACGAAAUCUUUCUGAAUGAGAACGCAGCGGUCGGUCAGGAAGUGUGUUUGACACGUGCUAGAGACUGGGACUCUGGUGUUAACGCUAGGAUCGUUUACUCCUUGACGCAUAAUCCUGGCAAGCAGUUCAGAGUCAACGAGAAUUCUGGUAUCAUAUAUCUGGGCAAACCGAUCAAAGCGCCACCCGGCACGGUUCUCCAUCUAGAGGUGACGGCGACCGAUACCGGUCGUCUGCCAUUAUCAGCUCAGUAUCAAGUCCGAGUGACGAUCCAGGACGUGAACGACCACACGCCGGUCUUCAAGUUGACCAGCUACGAGACGUCGUUACCCGAGUCCACGCCGGUGAACGAAGAUUUCUUCUCGUUGACGGCCAUCGAUUCGGAUUUCGGUGCCAACGGUCAAGUGUUCUACAGCGUGACUGACGGCAACGCCGAGGGUCGCUUUGGAAUUUUCCCGGAUGGCAAGCUGUACGUGAAGCAGGAGCUCGACCGCGAGCAGCAGGAUUACUACGCUCUCGAGGUCACCGCCUCCGAUCAAGGUCAACCACCUCGGAGUUCCGUGGUGCCGAUGGUGGUGCAUAUAAUCGAUGAGAACGACAACGCGCCGGAGUUCAUCAACAGCAGCUUCAGCUUCCAUCUACGUGAGAACGAGCCACCGGACACUUUUGUCGGCAAACUGCUCGCAACCGACCGCGACGUCGGUCGCAACGCCGAUCUGAUAUUCUCACUGCCAUCGAGUCAGCAAGACUUCAUCGUCGACCCGAAGAACGGCUUCAUCAAGUCGCUGCGCGUGUUCGAUCGGGAGCUGCUGAUGAGCAACACGGGCGACAGCUCCAUCACCUUGGAGGUCACCGUCACCGACAACGGCGUCAAUCGUCUGCGUGACCGCGCCAAAGUCACCAUCUACAUCACCGACGUGAACGACAAUGUGCCGCAGUUCCAGCGGUUACCCUACCGCGUCUCGGUGAGCGAAGGCGCCAUUAUCGGCACGCAACUGCUGCGGGUGUACACCACCGACGCGGACGAGGGACUCAACGGCGACGUGUUCUAUUCGCUGGAGAACGGAAAUCAGCACGGUCACUUCAUGAUCGACGAAGCGACCGGACAAAUCUCGCUGGUGAAGGAACUCGACCGUGAGACCUUCGACAGCUACGUACUGACCGUCGUGGCGCACGACGCCGGUCUGGAGACUCGGCUGUCGUCCAGCGCGACCGUCCACGUCGAGGUGCUCGACGAGAACGACAACGUGCCACGCUUCGUCGACAACAGGCCGAAGAUCGCCGUGUUGGAGACCGCGCCGAUCAACACCGAGUUGCUGAGAUUCAAGGCCACCGACAACGAUCUCGGACUCAACAGCGAGCUGUCGUUCGCGAUAUCAGCCGGUAACAGGAAAGACACGUUCUACAUCGAUCCGCUGUCCGGCACGUUGUACCUGAGGAAGCCGCUCGAUUACGAGGAGCUGAUGCGAUACACGCUGAACGUCACCUGCAGCGACGGUGGCCAUCCCAGGCUCAGCUCGGUCACCAGUCUGAUCGUCGAGGUGAUCGACGCCAACGACAAUCCACCGGUGUUCCCGAACACCGCGAUAGUGCGUCAGAUACGCGAAGGUAUCCUCGUGCGCACACCGAUCGUUACCAUCACCGCCGAAGACCCGGACUCGGGCGAGAACGGGGUCGUCAGCUACUCGAUCCUGAGCCAAGACCCGGAGGACGAAGUGCGACGCUUCGGCAUCAAUCCCUCGACCGGUGUGAUCCACACGCUGCAGCCGAUCGACCGCGAGGAGGUGGAUGCUUUCAAGCUGAUGGUGGUCGCCACCGACCAGGCAGAGCCACCGAGUGCACGACUGUCCGCCGAGAAGCAGGUGAUCGUCAUCGUCGAGGACAUCAACGACAACGCGCCGAUCUUCGUCAGCAUGUCGGCGGUGGUGUUGCCGAAAUACGUUGGCAAUCCGAAGUACCCCCAGCACUACCUACAGCAUCAGUCCUCCGAAGAGAUCAUGGUGACUCGUCUGUUCGCCCGCGACCUCGACUCCAGCACCAACGGCCUGGUAACGUACGAGCUGCUGCGCUCAAGCGGCAACUACUCCGACAUGUUCCGCAUCCACCGCAACUCCGGCGACCUCAUCAUGAGACCCCCUUACUCGUUCGGGAAAAUCGCUCACCACCCGGAGCGCGUGUUCAAGUACCAGGUAGGCGUGCGAGCGACCGACGAAGCGGUCCAAGCGGAGCGUCGCUCGUCGGAGACCUACGUGACCUUGAUCGUGCCGAGCGAGGACGGCGACGAUCAGCCGGUGUGGGAGCACCGAGGUCAGAUCGAAGGCAGUGUGUACGAAAACGAGCCGGUGGGCACCAGCAUUCUGCGGGUGAGCGCGCGCCCCCGCCGCUCUUCCUCCAACCUCGAGCUCGAGUAUUACGUGACGAACGUGACCGCCGGCGGCAGCGGCAUCCAGGUCGACCGGCUCUUCGACGUCGACACGAAGACGGGCGUGCUGUCCACCGCGGAGGCGCUCGAUCGGGAAACCAACGCGCAGUGGUACGAGGUGGAGCUGUACGCCAUCGGCCUCGGCGGCAGCAGGCCCAGUACGACGUCCACUAAAGUGCUCGUGAGGGUGUUAGACAAGAACGACGAGGCGCCCACGUGGGACAAAGGCCCGUGGAUAUUCAACAUCUCCGAGGAGGCCGCGCCGAACACCCUGAUCGCUAUGCUCAAGGCCAAGGAUAAAGACACCAUAGGCUCUCUGACCUACACCCUGGUACCGAAUCAUCGGCCCGGCUCGCACGGCAGGUUCGACACCAUGGAUGACAACUACGGCACGGAGAGUCAGUUUAACCUCGAUCCGACCACCGGCCGAUUGAGUCUCGCCGAGGCUUUGGACAGAGAAACGAAGGAGAAGUACCUGUUGAGAGUGCGUGCCGACGAUGGACUGCAGCACAGAGACAUCGUGCUCACCAUACAAGUCACCGACACCAACGACAACGCGCCGACCUUCCAGAGCACGGCCUACUCGUUCGACGUCCCGGAGGACGUGCUGAGGGGUAGCCGCGUCGGCCAGAUCGUCGCGACGGACGCCGAUGCCGAGGGACCCAACAGUCAACUGAGCUACGUGCUGAUCUCCGACUGGGCGAACGACGUGUUCUCGUUGAACCCCAACACCGGCGUGUUCACGCUCACCGCGAGCCUCGACUACGAGCAGAUGCAACACUACAUCCUGGUGGUGCAAGCGACGGACGGCGGCAUGCCGCCGCUGUCAUCCACGGUCACGGUGUACUGCAACGUCGUCGAUCUGAACGACAAUGCGCCGAUCUUCGAGGCUGGUCCGCUCGCCGCCGAGAUCAUGGAGAACGCGACCAUCGGCACCCCGGUGCUCACCGUGACCGCCCAGGAUCUGGACUCCGGCGACAACGGCAGGGUGGUUUAUGCCGUCGUCGGCGGCGACGACGACGGUGACUUCGUCGUGGCGUCCAACGGCACCCUCCUCACGCAUCGACUGCUCAAUCGUGAACGUAAGCCGCUGUACAACCUGGUGUUGAGCGCCACCGACAGCCCGUUGCCACCCGCUCGGCCGCUCUCCUCCACGGUGCAGGUGACGGUGGUGUUGUUGGACGUGAACGACAUGUCGCCGGAGUUCAUAUCACCUACGAAGAUAUCGAUAAUCGAGAACGCGCCGAGCAACACGGUGGUGAUGUCGAUCAAGGCCGUCGACCGGGACGAAGGUCGAAACGGAUACGUGGAGUAUUCGCUGGAGAACGACAGUCUGCCGUUCACGUUGGGCUCGGUGGACGGGCUGCUGCGUGUCUCCGGGCCGUUGGACCGCGAACAGACGUCGAACUACACCCUGCAGGUCAUCGCCAAGGAUCGCGGCGACCCGCCGAGGUCGUCGUCGAUCACCGUCACCGUCACGGUGCUCGACGAGAACGACAACUCGCCGGUGUUCGAUCCGAAGCAAUACUCCGCCACCGUCGCCGAGAACGCCAGCAUCGGCGCCAGCGUGCUCCAGGUGUCGGCGAUGGAUCGCGACGAAGGCGCGAACGGCAGGGUGCGUUACAGCAUCGCGAAGGGCGACGACAACCGGGACUUCACGAUCUCGGAGGACGGCGGGGUGAUCCGGGUGGCGAAGAACCUCAACUUCGAGCGCAAGCCCAGGUAUUACCUGACCAUCCACGGCGACGACUGCGCAGCGGAGGUCGGUGAGAAAUCCCGAAGCGACACCGCUCAAGUCACCAUCACCGUGCUGGACAUCAACGACAACGCGCCGGUCUUUCUCGACUCGCCUUACAUCGCGCACGUUAUGGAGAACAUGGUGCCACCGGGCGGUUUCGUCAUACAGGUCAAGGCAUACGACGCGGACACGCCGCCGUACAACGACCAGGUACGCUAUUUCCUCAAGGAGGGCGACACGGAUUUAUUUCGCAUAAACGCCAGCACCGGUGACAUAUUUCUCCUCCGGCCGUUGGACAGGGAGGUGAUGUCCGAGUACACGCUCACUCUAGUGGCCAUGGACACCGGCUCGCCGCCUCUCACCGGCUCGGGCAUCGUCAAGAUCAUCGUUCUCGACGUGAACGAUCACAGUCCAGAGUUCGCCAGGCAGAACUACAAGGCCACCAUGCUGGAGAACAUGCCCGCCGGUACGUGGGUCACCAAGCUGCACGCCACGGAUAAGGACGAAGGACUCAACGCGAAGAUCAGGUACAGUCUAUUCGGGGACAAGGUGGAGCGUUUCUACGUGGAUCCCGACACGGGGGAUGUAUCCACCAUGAUGCCGUUGGACCGUGAACAGACGGCUGUGUAUCAUCUCACCCUGUUGGCGCAGGACUCGAGCCCGACGGAGAGAGCUACCGCCGUUAAACUGACGAUCUACGUGCAGGACGUGAACGACAACGCACCCCAUUUCUCGAGUCCUCGGUACACGGCAUACCUUCCGACCGGGACGCACCUCGGUAGCUUCGUGUUCGGCGCGAAAGCGGUCGACGACGACGACGGCGAGAACUCGCGGAUCGUUUACCGGCUUCUAGGUCAAGACGCCAAGCGGUUCACUAUCGACUUCGACAACGGCGUUAUACGCGCCGCCGAGGAAAUGAUAGACGAGCAGAUCACUUAUCAUCUGCAAAUACAAGCGUCCGAUUGCGGAGAUAAGCCCCAGCACGUCACCGCCGACCUGGUGAUACAUCUGUGGCAGCGACAUUUGUUCCCCAACUUUCACACGAACUUCACCACCAAGUUCACGCUAUCCGAGGAUGUGCCGGAAGGCACGCUGAUCACCAAGCUAAGCGCGAGCACGCCGAAGAGCGGAUCAGUCAGUAAUCUAGUCUACGGUAUAGCCGGCGGGAACAUCGGAGACGCCUUGAGAAUCGAUUCUCACUCCGGCGAGGUCGUGGUGGCUUCUGGUUUCGAUUACGAGAUAGCUUCGUUUUACGAGAUCUGGAUUGAGGUGCGUGACUCGGACCUACCCGCGCUACGUAGCGUCCUCGAGCUGCAGGUGAACGUCACCGACGCGAACGAUAACGCACCGGUGAUGGAGGCGGCGAUUUACAACGCCACCGUGCUGGAGAACGAGUAUCCACCGUUGCCGGUCGUCAAAAUAUCCGCGAAGGAUCGCGAUUCCGGAGAUAACGGCCAGGUCACUUAUUACCUGGUCAACAACUUCCACGAAACCUUCGUCAUCGACAUUAGCACUGGGCAAAUCGAUACCAACGCCAGGUUGGAUCGUGAAGAGAUCGCGUCUUACGAGUUAAUCGUGGAGGCUCGCGAUCAUGGCCACCCUCACCUGACUGGCACUACGACGGUGCUGGUGACCGUGUUGGACAAGAACGACAAUCCACCGCAUUUCACACGCCUGUUCAGCGUCAAUGUGACGGAGAACUCGGAAAUCGGCACGUUCGUCAUACGCAUCACCAGCAGCGACCUGGACAUUGGCCAAAACGCGAACGUCAGCUAUAGCUUUACCUACAACCCAGGAAGAAAGUUCUCCAUCGACGCCCUCAGCGGAAACGUUACCGUGGCUGGCCACCUCGACAGAGAAGAGCAAGACGAGUACUUGCUGAAGAUCGUAGCGGUGGACGGUGCGUGGCGAGCGGAGACCGCUCUAACGAUCACAAUUCAGGACCAAAACGACAACUUCCCCGAGUUCGACGAGACCACCUAUCGCUUUCACUUCCCCGAGCUUCAGCCAGCGAUGGCUCACGUCGGUCAAGUCACAGCGAUCGAUCGCGACAAGCAAGGUCCGAACUCAGCCAUAUCCUACAGCCUGUUGCAACCCUCCGACCUCUUCACCGUCGACCCGGCGACAGGAGACGUCUUUAGCAAGCGUACCCUGCGCUACAAGCACACUCACCGACCGUCUUCGCCGGAGAACUUGUACUCGUUGACAAUAGUGGCGACCGACAACGGUAAGCCACCGAUGUCCUCGCGCUCAUUGGUCUACGUGAGUGUGGUGGACGCGAACAACAACGCACCCCGCUUCGAGCAAAGGUCCUACUUGUCGCCGGUGCCGGAGAACUACGGUGUGAACAAGCGCAUCACCCAGCUGAUCGCCCGCGACGACGCCGACUUCGGCGUGAACGCCGAGAUAGAUUACUCUCUGGUGAGCGUAAACGGCAGCGACCUGUUCUCCAUCGAAGAACGAAACGGCUGGUUAUACGUACGCAAGAGCCUCCACGGCAUCGCCGUUGGUACGGUAUUCUUGCUGACAGCGGUCGCCACCGACCGGGGUGUACCGCCGCAGAAGGACGAGGUCACGUUGACGUUGGUGAUCUCCGGGGAGAAUCGGCAUGCGCCUAUGGCGACACUGAGAUCCGAGCCGGUGAACACUACCAUCUUGACGGUGAGCGCCGUGGAUGGCGACAGUGGGCCGAACGGUAUGGUCCGCUACAAGAUCUCCGCUGGAAAUGAGAGGAACGAGUUCUUCGUGCACUCCAUCACGGGCGCGGUCACCAUCCUGGAGCCUCUCGAUUAUGACAUGGUGCAAGAGUAUCGCUUGAAUAUCACCGCCACCGACCUGGGUUUCGAGCCGCGGCAGGCUGUCGCUACUUUAACCGUGAAUGUCUCCGACAUCAACGACAACCCGCCGACCUUCAAUCAAAGCGUCUACCACGCGUAUUUGCCGGAGAACUCGCCGCUAGACAGUUUCGUCUACAAGGUGGUCGCUCGAGACAUCGACUCGCCCAAGUACGCUGUAGUGCAAUACAAGAUCCUUGGCGGCAACGGCAUGGAUCACUUCCGCAUUCACGAGAACACCGGCGAGAUCACAUCAGAGAUCAGCUUCAACUACGAAGAGGCCAACGAAUACGACCUGCACAUCGUCGCGGCCAAUCCCGACUCCAAUCCGCAGAUGAUUGGUUUCACGACCGUGAUUGUGCACAUCACCGGGGUGAACGAGUUCUACCCGAAGUUCGUCCAGCCGAUCUUUCACAUGGACGUGUCGGAGAGCGCGGAGGUGGGCACGUCGGUUGGUAUAGUCCAAGCCACUGAUCAAGAUUCAGGCGAAGACGGCCGGGUGUACUAUCUCUUCGUGGGCUCGUCCAACGACCGCGGCUUCUCCAUCGGCGCUGAGACCGGCAUUAUCCGAGUGUCGCGACAUCUCGACCGCGAGACGCAGAAUCGUGUGGUGCUGACAGUGAUGGCGAAGAACGGCGGCGGCAUCCGCGGCAACGACACCGACGAGACGCAGGUGAUCGUCUCCAUUCAAGACGGCAAUGACCCACCAGAGUUCCUUCAGAGCUACUACGAAACCACCGUGUCGGAAGGUGCUGAUUACGGCACCCGGCUGCUCACUGUUCGCGCGAUCGACAAGGACAUACGACCUCAGAACAAUCAAUUCUCGUAUUCCAUCAUUGGCGGCAAUAUCGGACAAGCUUUCAAGGUGGACCCGCAGACUGGCGACAUCGAGACGGCGAAGCAGCUCGAUCGAGAGUCUAUGUCCAUGUACGACUUGAUAAUCGGCGCCAUAGACAUCGGCUUGCCGCCUGAAACCGGUACCGCGACAGUGCACAUUGAGCUAACGGAUGUCAACGACAACGGUCCGGUGUUUGACCCGCCGGAGGUGAUCGGCUACGUCAGCGAGAACGAGCCGCCGGGCACCAGCAUCAUGACUCUGAGCGCGACCGAUCCUGAUCUGCCACCUAAUGGCGCUCCGUUCUCGUACCGGUUGAUCGGUGGAAGGCAGAGCAACAUGGUUACAUUGGAUAAGCAUUCUGGAGUAUUGAGAACCACCAGGAGCCUCGACAGGGAAACGAUGCCGCAACUGGAUCUUGUGAUCGAGGUUGAAGAUUCUGGUAUACCUCGAAUGAAGAGCGAGCACAGCAUUACCGUGAUCGUCACCGACCAAAACGACAGUCCGUCCACACCGAGGUCAGUGCACGUGAUCGUGUACUCCUUCAACGGGGAGAUUCCGCUAAGGAAGAUCGCCGACGUGCACCCGAACGAUCCGGACACCACCGGCGCUUACUCCUGCAAGAUCUUCUCAGGCUCAAAUUCGCAUGUUCUCACGAUUCCCACUGCCUGCGAUCUGCACACCAACAGAAUCACGCCGGGAGUUGGCUACUCGUUGAGCGUUUCCGGCAACGACGGCCGGCAUUCCGAUGUCAUCUCCAAAGUCACUGUCGAGUUCCUUAUUUUCUCGAACGCCACGAUCGAGAACAGCGUAACCAUGAAGAUCUACAAACUGACCGCGAAAGACUUUCUCAGCCAAUAUUACCGACGUCUUCUGGAUCUGCUGCAGGAGAAGAUCGACAUCGGCGAUACGCUCACCAUCUUUAGUAUCGGCGAAGACGGACCCGACCUGAACGUCCAUAUAGCGGUGAAAUCUUUGCUGGAAUAUCGUAAGAAGAACGAAGUCACCGAUCUGCUGAUACGCAAUCACGACCAUAUCCAAGUGUUGCUCGAGAACAACUCGUUCACCAUCAGUUACUCACCGUGCAAACACACUCCAUGCGAGAACGGAGGUAUCUGCAGCGAUCGAUUGGCCAUUUACGACGAUGCCAGGAUCACCGAUAGUCAAGCGCUGAUCCUAACGUCACCUAGAGUGCUGCACGAGAUGGUCUGCAAGUGUCGGGACAGUUUCAUGGGUGCGAGAUGCGAGAAACAGCAGGAUCCGUGCACGCCGAAUCCCUGUUUACUGGGAGUACAAUGUCGACGCUCGUUACAAGAAUUCACAUGUGCCUGCCCGAACGAUCGCGGCGGCAAGCUGUGCGAGCUCGAGAAGGGAGACGCGUGUGCCAGCAACCCGUGCCGGAACGGCGGCUCAUGCAGGACGAGCCCAGACAACUUCAGCUUCUUCUGCCUCUGCCGAGCGGGCUACAAAGGAAACCACUGCGAGGCAGUCACCGACUCCUGUCGUCCGAAUCCCUGUUUGCACGGCGGCUUGUGCGUGGGGGAGAAACCUGGGUAUCGCUGCAGCUGCCCAGAGGGUCGCUACGGCCGGCACUGCGAGCGAGCGAGCUUCGGCUUCGACGAGCUGUCGUACAUGGCGUUCCCGACGUUGGACGCCAACACGAACGACAUCACCAUCGUGUUCGCCACUACGAAGCCGAACGCGCUGUUACUGUACAAUUACGCGUCGCAGACCGGCGGUCGCUCAGACUUCGUCGUGCUCGAGCUGAUAGACGGUAAAGUGGUGUUCUCCUACGGCGGUGCUAGGAGCGCGAUCACCACCGUCGCCAUCGUAUCCGACAAGCCGGUGUCGGACGGCAAGUGGCGCAAGGUCACGGCCAUCAGAAACGGCAGGGCUAUCUCGCUCAAUAUGUCCAUCUGCAGGGAACACGGCGACACCUGCGACGAGUGCAGUCCCGACGAUAUUAAUUGCUACUCGAACGACGUAGGCCCUAUCGGGACCUUGAACUUCAACAAUAAUCCUCUGCUGCUGGGUGGCUUGGAGAACGCCGAUCCCGUGCUGGAACGUCCGGGUCAGGUGCACUCCGACGAUUUCGUCGGCUGCAUUCACUCGGUAUCGAUAAACGGUAGAUCCUUGAAUCUGUCGAAUCCGCUCGCGUCCCGCGGCGUGAAGUCGACGUGCGUCAGGUCGCAGAAGAGUCCCUGUAUGAAGGACGAGGAGGACGUGGUGUCCGUGUGCGGCGCAAACGCUCAAUGUUACGACAAGUGGCACCAAGUGAUGUGCCAAUGCGGAUCUUUGACGGCGCCCAAUUGCCACGGCGCUUUGGAGCCUGUCACGUUGAGCGACGGUGGAUAUGUGGAGUUCAAGGUGUCGGAGAAGCACAGAAGGAUGCAACUGCUGGAGUACCUCUACGGCGGUUCCACCAUGUGGCACAUGAAUCGCACGAAAUCGCGCGAUCCUACCGAGGACACGGGCUUCACAGCGAACCUCUCGCCGUUGAAGACGAUUGGUCUGAUGUUCAGAACCGUGAAGUCCGAUGGGAUCCUCAUAUAUGCCGCUACGAAUAAGCAUUUCACAUCUAUAGAGCUUCGUAACAGACAGCUGGUCUACAUGUCGCUACUCGGGUCACCGGUGAACAUGUCGGUCAACAUCGAGGGUGAUCUCGCUGAUGGACAUUGGCACAACCUAACGCUCCACGCCUAUUCACGAGGAUUAAGACUGCUAGUCGACGGCAUGCUGACGGGCGACGAACUAGACUCGGCGGGUGUCCACGACUUCUUAGAUCCUUAUUUGUCUGUCCUAUCCAUCGGUGGAGCCAACCAAGACACCUAUUACGCUCACAGCGCCGGCGCGAGGAACUUUGAGGGUUGUUUGGCGAACUUCACUAUCAACAACGAAGUGCAGCCGUUCAACGACUCCGGCUCCAUCUUCAAUGACGUGAUUUAUCACGGCAAAGUGAGUACCGGAUGCAGAGGGCCGAUCGGCAUCAGUGCGGCGACCGACGCGGAUCCGCUCAGCAUCGGCAUCACCUUGGUGAUCGUCUUCUUCGUCAUACUGCUGAUCGCGAUCCUAGUGAGCUUCAUAGUCUUCCGACUGCGACGGCAGAACAAGGAGAAGUCGGCACCUUCGGUCGUCAACAAGAACACCAACGCUAUUAUCACCGGCAAUCCGCUGGUCGGCGCCGGCAACGACAAUCUCAUGUCUCGCCAUGAGAACACCUACAUCUCCGAUACGUCGGAUUUACGUGGCGUAGGUCACAUGGGGCCCGAGCUCAUCUCCAAGAAGUACAAGGAACGCGAGAUCAACUCCACCGCCGAGCACCGACCUCAACGACCGGACAUCAUCGAGCGGGAAGUCACCAAGUCGCCGCCUAUUCGCGACGAGCACCCACCGCUGCCCCCACCCGCUCAGUCCUCUUUGCACUCCCAUGAACACAACCCAGAACCUGAUAUCCCGGAGCACUAUGACCUAGAGAACGCCAGUUCCAUCGCGCCCAGCGACAUCGACAUCGUGUAUCACUACAAGGGUUACCGCGACGGAAUGAGAAAAUACAAAGCCACCCCGCCUCCUAUAGGUAACUACGGUAAUCAUCACAAGCACACAGGACAACAACACCGGCACACCGGUCCCUUCCCACCGCGAACGAUGCCACCUCCCAACGUGAACCAACCACCCGGGCCAGCACCCAAACUGCUGCAGAGCACCCCUUUGGCGAGACUGUCGCCCAGCAGCGAGCUCUCGGCGCAACAACCGCGAAUCCUCACGCUCCACGACAUCAGCGGCAAGCCGCUGCAGAGCGCUCUGUUGGCCACCACGUCGUCGUCGGGCGGUGUCGGCAAAGACGCGCUGAAUUCCAACAGCGAGAGAAGCCUGAACUCGCCCAUCAUGAGCCAACUGUCGGGUUCGACCGCCAGCAGGAAGGCACCGCAGUCGAACAACGAGAACUCUGUGAACAACGUGUCGUCGGGACCGAUGGGUCUCACCGCGGAGGAGAUCGAGCGACUAAACUCUCGACCGAGGACAUCCAGUCUGGUCUCCACGUUGGACGCGGUGAGCUCGUCCAGUGAAGCGAGAGGACCGCCCGCUCAUGGGCCUCUUCAUCACCAUCGACGUCACACGCCGCCGGUGGAGAGGCUCGAGCGGCGCAACUCGUCUACCACCGACGAGAGCGGCAAUGACAGCUUCACCUGCUCGGAGAUCGAGUACGACAACGGCUCGUUGGUGGGCGACAAACGGUCCGACAACCUCUUCGCCAAGCAGGACGACGAGGAAGUGGGCCAGCGUAACAACGAGUCCGCGCAGUCGACGAAGCCGCCAUUGCCGCCGAACGUCAAUUAUGACGGCUUCGACAGCUCGUUCCGCGGCUCCCUCAGCACCCUCGUCGCCUCGGACGACGACCUAUCGACCCACAUGGGCGCGCUCUACAGCAGCAGGCACGCCAGCAACGGCUCGCCAGCCCUCACCGAGGACUACCUCAGCUGGGACUAUGUACUCAACUGGGGGCCCAACUUCGAGAGCCUCGUCGGUGUCUUCGUCGACAUUGCCGAGCUCCCGGACAGCGCCAGUCGAGUGCCCAGCACGCUGCGAUUGCCGGCGAACAUCCCCAAGCCGUCCGAAGAGUACGUUUGAAAGAAGGACGAAAACGAACGGCUGUUCGCCGGGACGAUUUAGUGGACUGAUGUUUAGUUUAUAGUGAUGAUCGCGCGCGGUCUCGUCGGCGAAAGGAAGCUUACUUUUGCCGAAGAGUCCCGCGAAUCUAGCAAUGUAUCGAAUCAGCGGUGUAAUCUUCUCAGUCGACUGGCGAAUAUGUUUCUAGCUCGAACUUUGCGAUUGUCGCUGGCCGAUAGUAUUAAUAGCGAGCAGUUAGUCGCGACGUCCGAUAUCCGGCUCGAGGAUACUUGAGGAGGAGACGCUGGGAAGAAGAAGUCGGUUGCGACUGCAGAAACCGCAACGAGGCGCCGGCCGCAUAUCGAACGUGUGAUCAUCUUGCCAUAAAAAGUGUAAAGAGGGGAAUUCUCCGUCCCCAACCCCGAAGCGAAUGAACUCGUUCGACACAAACACUCUGGGGACAUCCUGUUGUACUACGUAUUUUUUAUCCUGUGCGAAUUUGUAAAUAUCGACUAACGCGUGUCAGAAAAUCAAAAACGCGACUCCUGGUCGUCGGAGUACGCGACACGUCCGUCUUCGAUGGUUACGAUCGAUCGAACGAUGAGAAAAGAAAGAGAGAGAGAGAGAGAGAGAGAGAGAGAGAGAGAAAGAGAGACAAAGAGGGAAGAAUCUGAAGCGUUAACCCAGUAAGCACCAAGUAACAACAACGCCACAUCAAUGUAAUUUUCCGGUCGAUCGACGACCUAACUGUAACUGUAACACACAACGCGCAUGUUAUGUUCCUAUACAGCACAGAAGUUGCAGCAAUAUUGCUGCAAUAUUGCAACAUUGUUGCAACUUGUUUCUUCAACUUUGCGUGCUGUACGGGUUGCGUCUACAUUGUCGUGUAGGACGUCGACGUAACAUCAGUGUUGGUGCUCACAACCGCGGGUAAUCACGUUCGACGAUCGUACAUGCGAAAAUUUCCAAAUCAAUAAUUGUACAACGCGAUUCGUGCGAAGUGGUGCACACGCCAAUCGCCAUCGAAUGCCAUCGUAGUUGCAGCGGGACGGGGCAGACGUGCGACUGAGUAUCGAGGCAACCCGAGAUUAACUAUUAAAUAGUAACUUCUGUAUAUAUCCUAAGGAAAAAAAAAAAAACCCGUGCCAGAUACACGCUGGAUGCAGUCGCACACGUCGCGUUAAUCAUCGAUUCAACGGUCGGCGAAUGAAUCGCGGACGCGGCGCCCGGCUUGAACGGCAGCAAGCAGCAGCAGCGACGUUACGUCGAGAUGUUAUGAUUCUCCAGUCGACGAUAUAAGUGCAAUAUAUCAUAGAUAUGCUGUCAUAUACACAGUUACAUCGUUCACUGGAAAAUUAGAGUACGUUGAUGUACUCAACGUAUAAUUACAAACGCAAUGAGCGAAUGUGUGAUGAAUAACGUCCUGAUGAAAGAACGAUCGACGCGAAAUGUUGUAUAUGAAAUUGCAACAAUGAUUUAACGUUAUUGUCGGUUCAGCCGUUCAGCGGGAUUGUCUCGAUCGGGUGUUGUGAAUCUUCGCCCUCGAUUCGUUCGCACAUCGUUAGAGGCAAUGAAAGAAAUAGAAAAAAAAAGCAGGGAAAGAUAAGGAGACGCGUUCUGCGGCGGUUUCCUCGAGAGAGAGAGAGAGAGAGAGAGAGAGAACUCGCCGCGAGAUUCGCGCGACAGAGACCGCCAGACUGAUCCUUUACACUCCUCCAGCGCGCGCUUCGCGACGGCGAAGCGCCCUUUUUAUAUUACCUUGUUGUAAAUUACGAGACUCGCCUCUCGGCCCGUCUCAUUCCUGUAAAUAGUGUGAACGCGUGAACUGUACAAAAGUGCGAAUGCGUGUGCGUGUGUGCCUGUGUGCGUGCCACUCUAUCAUCACGUCGAUCGUACUCGUAAUAGACGACAGAUUUGUAAAAGCUGCUGCUUCGCUUUACUGACCCUCCUUCACGCAUCCUUGUCCACGUCCUGGCCCGAGGAAACUCAGACGCGUACACGCGCUCUCGUCGUGAGUCCUCGCAUCGCGGACAUGGGACGCAGGAAAGGAUUUUCCGACGUAUCGAGUUAUCUUCGAAGAUGAUUGCUCGUUAUACGUAAUAUAACGGUGCCCCCCCGUUAUAUAUUACGAUGUUC